AUACUUUCGACAUUUUAGAAGGGAAAGCAUUAGCAAUCGAUAGUAGUUUACCACCUCUAAGCAAAAAGUAAAUACAAAUAAACAAAGAUUCCAAGAUAGCUUUUAUAUUAAAAACCCCGACAAUGCAACGUGAAGAGAAGCAAAUGGAAAUGACGCUGGAUGCUAUCCUCAAUCGCUUAAAUGACUUAAAGAUAUCGAUCGGAGGGAUGAUACAGAAAUUGGAGACUGAAUACGAGAUCAUUAAUUGGCCAACAUUUCUUGACAAUUUCGCCAUUAUAUCAAGCCAUCUGACAGGAUUGUCUAAGAUUCUUGCCAAGGAAGUUUGCCCACCGUUACGAAAUCGUACUGUGCUGCCGCUUAUGCUGUCACCAGAACGAGAUGAAUCGUUGGUAAAUCUCACUCAAGGGCGUGUGCCGGUAUUUUCGCAUGACAUUGUACCCGAUUAUUUGCGCACUAAACCGGACCCUAUCACUGAACAAAAAAUGAUUCAGAGUGAACAGAAAGCUUCCAACUUGACCAUGGAAACGGCAAUGAAGCAAGUAACACAAUAUAAUAAGGUAGUUUCACACGUAUUAGACAUGGUUAGUAAGGCUCGCGAAGAGUGGGAAAUAGAAUCAUCAACGAGAGCAGGUAUUCAGCAAACUAGCAGUAUGGCGGACACUCAUCAAAAACGCUGCAUUAAAUCGAGUCGCCUAUAUCGCACAUUAUAUCACAUACUUUCGACAUUUCAGAAGGGAAAGCAUUAG